GUUGCGUUUGUUUAAAAUCAAACGGCGAGAGAAAAGUUUGUUGGUGUUACGUCCAGCUCCGAUAUUCUCUGCAAUGCUCGGGCAGUUUUGAAGCAACGUAUCCUAAAUAUCGACAGGUAACGGGCACGUAUCAACGUGUCUGUAUCAAGUAACCACUCAACAAAAAUAAGCUGCUCGCACUUGUAAAUAUUUAUUUGACGAGGAAGUAAUAUUGAUCGAAGAAAUAAUGGCUACAAUUCGGGUGCACGAGGACCAGGAGAAUCGGAUAACCGAUAUCCUACGCGGCAAAGAGAAUAUUUCGAUACCGAAUCCAAGCCAAGGACUACAACAAAGCAAACGGGCGGUCCUUGGAGUUAUUAACAACAACUGCCUGAGAACUUCAAAACCGGAGAUUGGUAAUAAAGACGAGAAGUAUCCGAAGGCAAAAGCAUUCGUAUCCAGUCAAUAUGAGACUUUCAAGAUAUACGAGGAUAAGAAAGAUGAUGGGACGUUUAAUAUAUAUGAAGAUAAACUUGAAAAGGAGACAUCCGUUGCCCUCAGAGAAACUAAAGAGUCCAAGGAAACAAAGGGGAAACAAAUUGCAGACAUGACAAAAGUUGAAAGAGAAAUGCCGGUUCUUGAUGUAGUGCCUCCCAUUUUACCAUCACUUCGAGCAGCUUUGCAAGAAAUAAAUAAAAAAAAACGGGACGAACCGUUCUUCCCCCAAGAGAGCCCCAUGUCCUUGGAAAAAUCAAUUUGCCUGUUAGAUUCUUCGAGAAAAGAUAUUGCAGCUAAACGUGAAGCGAGCAAAGCACUCAGGCUUAACUUCUUCGAUGUCGAUGAGUACAGGGCAGACAUAUACAACUACCUUCGAUCCGCAGAGACUCAGCAUAGACCGAAGCCAGGGUAUAUGAAAAAGCAGCCAGACAUAACAUACUCAAUGCGAUCAAUACUUGUUGAUUGGUUGGUGGAAGUAGCUGAAGAGUAUCGGUUGCACAGUGAAACCUUGUAUUUGGCUGUGUCUUACAUCGACCGUUUCCUCUCCUACAUGAGCGUGGUACGAGCCAAACUGCAGCUUGUUGGUACUGCUGCCAUGUUCAUCGCGGCCAAAUAUGAAGAGAUUUAUCCUCCUGAUGUUGGUGAAUUUGUAUACAUUACGGAUGAUACGUACACAAAGAAGCAAGUAUUACGGAUGGAACAUCUCAUACUUCGUGUCUUAUCCUUUGACUUAACGGUCCCAACGCCCUUAGCUUUUCUCACCGAUUUUUGUAUCAGUAACAACCUUUCAGAGAAGAUCCAGUAUUUGGCUAUGUAUUUGUGCGAACUGUCGAUGCUGGAGGCAGAUCCCUACCUUGCAUUCCUGCCAAGUCACUUAGCAGCAUCAGCCAUAGCCUUGGCACGACACACUUUGAACGAAGAAGCAUGGCCUGAGGAAUUGGCUCUUUCGACUGGCUACAACUUCAAAGAACUGAAGGGGUGCAUAAGUUGUCUUACAAAAACAUUCAGCAAUGCGUGUAACAUACAACAGCAAGCCAUUCAGGAGAAGUACAAAAGCAGCAAGUACGGACACGUGGCUCUUCUACUUCCCCGUAGUUCUGACGUUCUGGGCAGUGAAGAUGACGGCGAAAGCGCUUAGCUGAUAACUGAAUAACAUCGAGUAAUCUGAGACAGGCCAUGUUAUAAAUAUGAAUGCUAAUUAACGAACCUCCGGCAACGAAUCCCAGGAUUAGGAAAGUAUCUAGGGGGGGAUCAGGGCAAGACUGAUUGACUCUUCUGCGUACAGAAAAGUGCAUGCAUUAUUAUCAAUUUAGUCUAUUCGCCAGUAUGCACACUGCCUGCGAAUAAUAACAAUAAUUAGUAAUCGUACGGCAUGAAUUCAUGUACUGAAGUACCUACUUAUACUUACUGACUUUGGUCAAAAGUGAAUUUUCAGUAACCAUUCGGAGGUUUCCGUCGUUAUAUUAACGCGCGGGUACCUGGAUUGCGGUUCAUUGAAAUUUCUUAGUAUUUUUAUACUAGCUAUAAAUAUUUUUUUAAGCGAUUUUUAAUUAAAUUUUUGCCACUUUUACGGAGAGAAUAAAACAAACCAGCCAACAAACAUAAAAUAAUAUUACUAAUUAAUAAAAUAAAUAGAAUCCUAAAUUUUGUUGCCAGUGAAGUGUGAACAAUAGAUGAUAGUAAUAAUCUCUAUUUAUUACCAAUACUUUACUAUUAGAUACACUUUAUACUAUUGUGAUAACAGCAUUUCAUUUAAUUAUUACUUGUAAAAUUUA